AUGGCUGAGCCGACGCAGGUUCAGACAGCGCCGACGGGCUCUCCCAGAGAGAUCAAACAGGAGCAUGAACAUGAGCCGACGGGUCUCGAGGCCCUCGACUUUAGCAUUCUCGCCGAGCUCGCGUCGAAGCGCCCAUUCGAGCACGUAGCCCAAGACAAUCACGAUGAGCGUGAGCAAGAGGCCAAGAGGCCCAAAACAGAGAACCCUACCACAGAAGAAGAGACGUCCCUCGAAGAUGGGCUGGCGCUGCUGGUGCAAAAUGCACUCUCCAAUGUCGGCGACCUGGUUAGCAAGUUCAAUAUCGAGACCGGAGAGGCGCAUGGCAGCGAUCCCAUGGACGUGGACGACGCACACGGCGCCGAUGCCCGCCCAGCUCCUGUAUCCUUCUUGUCGGAGCCGGAAAAGUACGUGCGCAUUGCCAACACGCAUGCGCUAGGGAACCUUGCGCUUUCAUUACUACUGAUAUUACUCCAGCAGCCUAUCGAUGACAUGUCGAAGCUAGCAGGAGACGCAGAUUCAGGAUAUGGGCGCUCAUACGGACGAUUAAAACGAUCCUUCGAUGCGACAUGGCAGCUCUUCUCGGACGACCAGGUGCUGUCCGCCGAUGAGCUGGAGAUACAAGAGGCGGAAGCUCGCACCUUGUUGGAAUUAGCCAACAUUGCAAAGUUUGGGACGUGGCUGGUCGAGGGUGGCCUGGAUUCCUUUACUGCCGCCGAUAGACAUUUCGCAGCUGUUUUCCGAUGUCAGCUAUCCGACCUGUCUUCUGGGCUCUCCCAGCUUUACCUCGCAAUCCGAACCCACAAGACAAUCGAGUCGCUUCUAAUACGCAACGGAGAUGGGCCAUCAAUAGAAGAGGUGGUGCAGACGAUUAUGCUGGAAGGACUGAAUGAGCCGGCAGAUGCGAGUAGCGAGCCGAUUUCAGCCUCUCAACAGGAACUCUUAACUUCGAUCAAAUCCCGAAAAGAUGUUCUUGUUGAUGAGGUCAAGACCAAGGAGCCAGCCGCUCUAAAGGAAAAAUAUCCCACCGGUGAUGUUUUGAAGAGCUUUUCAGCGCAUGUGAGGACGACACUCGCCUCCAUGACAGAGAUUGGAGAGAAACUUGGAGUCUCGGCGUUGUUGAGCGACGUUGCCAAUCAAGAGACAAUACCGAGUGGUUCGCAUGACGGAGAACUGGACCUCGACGACCUUUCUUCAUUUUUCGAAAAAACCACCUCGGGCUUGGUGCAGAAUGCUUUGGCUGGCUUGACGGAGGAGACCCCAGUAGAAGAGCCGGCCGUGGUUGAAGUCACGGAGACGCCAACAGAGACUGUCAAUGGCGAGUCAAAGGCAGAAGCAGCUGCUCCAGUAGCAGCUCAAACUAACGGGGCCAAGCUGGACCUCAUCUCGGACUACAAGGAGCUGGAGGCACUGGUUGCGGAAAGCACGUCGAAUUAUGUCAAAACGACGCUGCAUGGCCUUUCUGCCGUUCCCUACCAACCUACAGUCCCUCAGAGCACAGCCGAGACUAUGGCCGCGCAGUCACCCUAUCUAAGCCAUCUUCAUCAACACCAAUCCCAUCAUCCCUACUAUACUACCUACGCAAGCCAGCCAGCCCCGGAGCAGCAACCCCCUCAACCAACCGGAUCCUCCGAUAACCUCCCACCAAACCAGACAUUCCCCAGUGCCAUUCUUUACGACAAAGCCCGACAAGCAGCGCUGUCCAAAUCAUCAGCACAUACUAGGAGAGAAGGGCUGCACUCCACUCGACGGCCUUGGACUCAGGAGGAAGAAAAGGCACUCAUGGCCGGCCUUGAUAUGGUCAAGGGCCCCCACUGGAGCCAGAUUCUGACCCUAUUUGGUCAAAAUGGAACCAUUUCCGACAUUCUAAAGGACAGGACACAGGUGCAGCUCAAGGACAAGGCACGAAACCUGAAGCUAUUCUUCUUGAAGACCAACUCAGAAAUGCCAUAUUAUCUGCAAGCUGUUACAGGAGAACUCAAGACCCGGGCCCCAACCCAAGCUGCAAGAAAGGAAGCUGAGGAGAGAGCACGAAUGAACUCUGAGGAAGAACAGGCUAAGCUGCAGGGCAUCAUGGCAUUGGCUGGAGGACUGCAACACCCGCCUCAACAACAACAGCAGCCGCAUCAGCAGCCGCGACAACAGCUUCAUCACCAAGCUAGACCACCGGUUACUGUGGCUGCUGCCGUAGGUCAGAGUGUGGUAACGCCAGCCCAGGCAGCCAGUGCAGCGCAGUCGGCAUCUUCGGUGCAGCAGCAGCAGCAGCAUACGUCACACCUUCACCACACGCCGACGGCAUCAAUGGCGAGCGCACAGCAGGCCAACGUGGCACCUAUCUCGCGUGGUGGCAUGAUCUUGCCCAACACGGCGCAGAUUAAACCCGAACACCAGAUGGCAGCAGUGCAGCAAGCCUCACAACCGGUCCCGCUGGCACCUCAACGGCCACAGACUCAGCUCCCUCCCCAGCAACAGCAGCAGCAACAGCAACAACAGCAACUUCCACAGACACCGACCCAAGCCCAGACACAUGUUCAAGCCCUGACACAGGCCCUGACACAAGCCCAGCCGCAUACGCAGAUGCCUGCACAGACUCAAGCUCAGACACAAGUGCACCAUCAACAAGUCCAACUCUCCCCACAGCCGCUUCAGCAACAAUAUCAUCAACAACCACAGUCGUCACCUCAUAUCCAGCCGUCCCACUCGCCAGCUCUCGGGCAACACCAUCAAACAACCCCGAGCCAGCCUGGGACGCCGAUCGCCUCCACGCAGCUCCAAAACGGAACAGUGGCUCAUCCUUCACCUACCCCAACAAUACCCUCCACACCAACCCCGUCUCACCUCUCCCAGCACAUCUCGACACCCAUCCAGACACCCAUCCAGGCGUCGCCCGCUCCAGCCUACUCAUCUCAGCCUCAGCAGGCGUCCAUCCCCGCGCAAACAGAACUGCACAAGCUCGUGUCUGCACCGGAGGCGACCAUGUCCCAGACUGUCGUACAAGAUGACGAGGCCGCAGCAGAGGCCGCCUUGUUGGAAGGCUUGCAGGCUGCCGUUGCACAAGCUCUGGCUUCAUAA